CUAUCUCGCUCAGUCCGUAUUCGAACUCGGCGUAAGGCGCUCCCGCGCACUUCUACUUUUAGUCGACCUUGAACCGGGUUAUUUCAAUUAAAACGUGCUUUUUGAAAUGUUUUGAAAAAGUGAGUGAAAAUGAUUGUGUUUAUGAAAGUGGGAGUGAGACAGGUAGUGAAAUGGCGGGACUCGCAGUGUCGAAGGGUUAAGUACCAUUCGGGAGUGGGAGUGUUCGGGCAUCGGCCGGCAGAGGUGAACGACAGCGAAAUACCACAGGAAAUUAUCUCAAAACGAUAUGAGAACUGCCGCGCUCAACAACUGGUGAACGCAUACAGAACCUAUGGUCAUCUUAGAGCUACUAUUGAUAAUGUCGAUUAUAAGAAUGAAAAUAGGGACAUAAAAGAACUGAGUUUAUCAAGGCACGGCCUCACUUCAGAAGACCAUGUAGACCUGGGUUUAUUAUACGGUCACAAUGGGAAGGAACCAGCUAAAAAUCUCAUAGAACAAUUGGAAAAAAUAUAUUGCGGACCCAUUUCAUAUGAGUUUUCGUAUUUAGAAUCAGAUGCAGAACGCGAAUGGUUUGCUCAAAGGAUAGAAAGCAAUUCAGAUAGCCUAGAUAAAGAUCGACGUCUAGAAAUUCUUAAGGAACUACUGGAAACUCAAACUUGGGAUAAAUUCCUAUCAGUCAAAUAUCCCAGUGUUAAGAGAUAUUGUGGUGAAGGAGCAGAGUCUCUUUUGACGUUCUUCUCGACGCUUAUUAAUCGAACUGCUAGUGACGGUGUAGAAUACGUGACCCUAUCAAUGGCUCACAGGGGAAAAAUAAAUGUUCUAACGAGCAACUUGAAAUUUCCACCUGUGAAAAUAUUCCAUAAAUAUAAUGGCAACCCAGAAUUUCCUCAAGACGCAAAUGCUGCGUGUGAUAUUGCAACACAUUUGAGCACAUCAGUGGACUUAAAUGUUGACGGAAAGACAGUGAGAUUCUCGAUGAUCAACAAUCCAUCACAUUUAGAAGCAGCAAAUCCUGUAUCUAUGGGAAAAGCACGAUCCAAGCAACUCAAAUUACGGGAAGGUGGAUAUUCUGCGGACAAUUCAUCAAGAUUUGGCGACAAAGUUAUGAACGUUCAAAUUCACGGAGACGCAGCCUUCGCCGGUCAAGGAAUAAACCAAGAAAUGUUGAUGAUGUCUCAAGUUCCGCACUACAAUGUGGGAGGUUCUGUACACGUUGUUGUUAAUAAUCAGCUUGGCUUCACUCUGCCCGCAAACCGCGGCCGCUCCAGUAGAUAUGUGACGGAUUUGGCAAAAGCCAUCUCUGUACCAGUCAUACAUGUUAAUGGUGAUUAUCCUGAGCUAGUAGCAAAAGCCACAAACAUAGCGUUCGAGUACCAAAGAAAGUUCAGGAAAGAUGUGUUCAUAGAUUACAAUUGCUAUCGGAAAUGGGGACACAAUGAACUAGAUGAUCCGACCUUCACAAAUCCCUUAAUUUACAAAGUUAUUUAUAAUAGAAAAACAAUCCCAGAUUUGUACGCCGAGAAAUUAAUAAGUGAAGGAUUAGUUACUGAGGAGGAAGUUAAGAACAUUAACGAUGAAUUCCAGAAAUAUUUGCAAUCACAGUACGAAAUGGCCGGUAGAUAUCAGCCUGAGGUAACAUAUUACCAAGAGCAAUGGUCAGCCAUGACAGCUGCUCCGAAGGCAGUAGAAGUUUGGGACACCGGAGUCGACACAGAUGUCCUGAAGACUGCAGGUCAGGCAUCCGUUAACACACCUAGCGAUUUUAAUAUUCAUCCACAUCUUGCAAAAACUCACGUGAAAAACCGACUGAACAAGAUCGCUUCAGGAAAAGACAUCGACUGGGCAACUGCAGAAGCUAUGGCCUUCGGCUCGCUCCUCCUAGAAGGUCGUCACGUCCGUCUAAGCGGUGAAGACGUUGGUCGUGGAACAUUCUCGCACCGACAUGUGAUGCUCGUGGACCAACAAAACGAGAACAUGCACAUACCAUUGAACCACAUACGGGAGGACCAGAAGGGAUUCUUGGAGGUAGCAAACUCUAUCCUCUCAGAAGAAGCAGUAUUAGGUUUCGAGUACGGCAUGGCGUGUGACAAUCCAGACAAUCUUUGUAUAUGGGAAGCGCAGUUUGGAGACUUUUACAAUGGCGCCCAAAUCAUUGUUGAUACUUUCGUCGCUUCUGGAGAGACUAAAUGGGUCCGCAGCAACAGUCUUGUAAUGCUCCUUCCUCACGGCUACGACGGUGCCGCGUCAGAUCACUCCUCAUGUAGACUCGAACGGUUCCUCCAACUCACUGAUAGUUCAGAGACAUCUCCCGACUCGGAGGCUGUGAACAUGCAAGUUGUCAAUCCCACCACACCGGCACAGUACUUCCACUUAUUGAGGAGACAGGUAGUCAGAAAUUACCGCAAACCCUUAGUAAUAGCAUCGCCAAAGAUUCUCCUGCGGUCUGCGGCCGCUGUGAGUUCACUCGCAGACUUCGCUCCAGGAACAUUCUUUAGACCCGUUAUUGGUGAUACUUACGCAGAGCCACUUCGCGUAAAACGCGUAAUUCUGGUCAGCGGGAAACAUUACUAUGAGUUACAUAAACAGAGACUUCAGAACAAAAUAGAAGAUGUGGCCAUUAUACGAGUGGAGGGUUUGUGUCCCUUCCCCGUGCAGGGCUUGCAGGCGGAACUCGCCAAAUAUGCUAAUGCUAGAAAAUUCAUUUGGAGUCAAGAGGAGCACAGAAACAUGGGCGCGUGGUCCUUCAUUAAGCCUCGCUUCGAAAAUCUUUUAGGCAAAAAGCUUAUUUACUCGGGUCGCAGUGAAGCCGCUACCCCCGCAGUGGGAACUCCCGUGUUACAUCGCGCUGAAGUCGAACAUAUUAUAAAAGAUCCCUUAUUUAAUAUCAAAUAAAUAUAUUUUAUUAAGGAAUGUGUGCAAUAGUUUAAUUUUUGUAUUAACAAAAUUGGUGCAUUGAGACAUUUUGAUUUUUAAUUUGUAAAUGACUUUGUAUUAUAACUUGUUUAUAUUCUUCAAUUUUUAUUUUUUAAAACAACCACGAAAUGUUUAUUGAAACAUUUGUCAUAAUUUCAUAAAGGAUUUUUAAACCUCAAGCGCAUUUAAAAUACGUAGCGUAUAAGCUGU